GUGGAGUAAAAUUAAAAAGUCAAAUAAAAUUGAGCAACUAAAUAAAUCUCUGUUUACAGGUUUUGGGCUGCUGAACAUGUGAAAAUUUGAAUGAUUGCAAUUCCGCUUAAUUCCGCAUCUUAACAAACUAAAAUGUGCAGAAACAGCUCAACCCUGUUAAGGCUGAGCAGCGGGUUUAGAAAAUACAUAUGUGACACAUUUUCUGCCAGAUUUCUAUGAGGGUUGCAACUGCAGCUGCUUCAGAGUUCAACUUUUAGCACUUCCGGUAAGAAGCCCCGCCCCCUUUACGUAGCGUAAACGCUAACAUUUCUGAGAGUCCGGAACGAUUUUAUUAGUAGACAGAACAGGACAAAUUAAAGUUUCAUUGUUUGACAGGACCAUGUAGGACAAGGUAACGGGUUAUUAUGAACUUGGACUCUGCAGACAGGAAGUUCGGUUGGAUGGAGAAACGACAGCAGAUGAAGGAAACCCUCCAACUGUUUAUAGAUUCACUUAAAGACGAGCUCUACAGUCUGAGUCAGGACAUUUGGAGCCAACCAGAGCUCGCCGGUAAUGAGACGCACGCGCACGACAGGCUGGUCCGCUUCUUCUCACAGCGGGACCAGAAUUGGACGGUCCAAAGUCACUACCAGCUACCGACCGCAUUCCGGGCCAGUUGGGGUCCUGUAGGUGGCUGGGGUGGGGAGGGGGAACCCGUCUUGAACGUGGGCUUCCUGUGCGAGUAUGACGCGCUGCCGGAUGUGGGGCACGCGUGCGGCCACAACCUGAUAGCGGAGGUGGGAGCGGCGGCCGCGGUGGGUCUGAAAGCUGCGUUAGAAAACCAGCUGGAACUUCCGGUCCCAGUGAAGAUAACAGUUCUGGGAACCCCUGCAGAGGAGGCCAUUGGGGGAAAGAUCAACCUGAUCCAGGCAGGAGCUUUCACUGAUGUUGAUCUCGUAUUCAUGGCUCAUCCAGCUCAGCAGGAUGCUUCAUUUCUCCCCACCGUCACCAUCGCUGAGGUGUCAGUAAAGUAUCAUGGGAAGGCAUCCCACGCCUCUGCAUAUCCCUGGGAGGGAUUGAACGCGCUGGAUGCUGCUGUGCUGGCCUAUAACAACCUCUCUCUGCUCAGACAGCAGCUCAAACCAGAGUGGAGGCUUCACGGCAUAAUCAAGCAUGGAGGGGUGAAGCCCAAUAUUAUCCCUGCCUACUCUGAGUUAGAGUUUUAUUUGCGUACUCCACUGCUGAAGGACCUUUGUGACUUGAAGGCCAGGGCCGAGGCUUGUUUCAGGGCAGCUGCUGUGGCCACUGGUUGCCAGGUGGAGAUUAUCUACCCAACCCCUACCUACUAUAACAUUCUGCCUAAUGCCACACUGGCAAACCUGUAUGAAAGUAAUGGAAAAGCUUUGGGGAUUGAGUUUCCAGAGCAGCCAGCCAGUUUCUCUGGCUCCACAGACUUUGGCAACGUAUCAUUCGUAGUGCCUGGAAUCCAUCCUUUCUUCCACAUUGGCACUGGUGCAUUAAACCACACAGAGGAAUACACAGAAGCAGCAGGAGCUGAAAAGGCCCAGUUGUACGCCCUGAGGACAGCCAAGGCUCUGGCUAUGACAGCUGUGGAUGUAGUGUGUUGCCCAGAUCUGCUUCUGCAAGUGAGAGAAGACUUCAACCGAGCCAGACUUAAACUGGAGGAGUGACUAGAAGGCAACAUUACAUUUCCAAUAAAUAAUGAAUACACUCACCCUAAAAUAUCCAAAGGAAGAAUUUGGCUGAGUUUGAAUUAAGGGAAAUAUAUUGAUAAUAAACAGUACCAAGAGUUGGUCAUACUAUUAUAAAAACAGAACUUAACCACUCUGGAUCACUGUCACUGCUCUCAUAGCAUCAUUUUCAGCCAAAUAACCUUUUGCAAAUAAAUCUAGUGGAGCAUUUAAGUGUUGAAGAGUUAAAUAUUUCCAUCAGGAGUUCUUGGAGAUCAAAAUCAGAGGUAAAGGAGAGAGGAUGGUGGAAUUAGAUUCACCAGGUGAACACAAAUAUGACUCCAAAUGAAUGCUGAUGUUGCUCCUUAACUACAAGAUGAGUGAAUGAUAUUCAGUAACUGAUCUUUUUUAUUAUGUAAUUGCCCCCCUUUGUGCAAUUUAAUUAAACUGAAGUAUAUAAAGGAUUUUUCAUUUUUUUAUAUUCUCUACUUGGUUUCACUUUGAUUUUUUUCAUGUUUGAGCAGUUGCAACACCACACCCACUCAUUUAGGUUUCACAGAUGCUUUCAACAGCUGCACAGUUCAAUUCGAUACUUCGACUUCCCACGUGUGGUCACGGUUGUGGUUAGGACAUCAAGCUAUGGGUAUCUUUAUGAUGCUUUACCCUUUGAUGAAGUGAUACCUUUGUUCAUGAUUUUUGUUGGAAGAUGGUGCAGAUUUUAAAUCAACACCAUGCCCUUUGGGGUCUUACUGAGAUCAAAACAAAGGCUUAAAAGAGGAGAGAUAUUCUCAACAUACAUGUAAGUCAGGAUUUUUUCCUCCCUUAGAGAAAUCUAAAAGAAAAAUAUGUACUUAAAAAAGACCUAAAUACU